CUUCACUCGAUUCUCUCUGUGCAUAUUUAUUAAUUGAUUUAUUUGCAAUGAUUCAAUACAAACAUUUUUUACUUAUUUUGAUUUUUGUCAUCACAAAAUGUAAAGGUAAUCCAAAAAUUUCAUGGGACUCAAAUAUUAUAAGUCAAAAUUUAGAUAAAAUGAUACUUGACAAAGAAUAUUUUGUAACAUGUAAUUAUGAAGAAAUUGUAAAUUUGGAAGGACUUCAAUUAAAGUAUAUACCAAGAGAAUUUAUUAAAAGUAAAACAAUAGAAGCAAUUUCAUUACAGAAUAAUGAAAUAAAUGAAAUCCCAAGUGAUUUAUUUCAUAAUACUCCAAAUUUAAAGUGUUUAAAUCUCGCAGAAAAUAAAAUUUUAUUCAAACAUUUUCAAUUGGAACAUGAUCGUUUAAAAAUAUUAAUUCUUGAUUAUCAAGCUGAAACAGAACCGAAUGAAAUAUUCGUGAUUCCGCAAGAAAAUGAAACGAAAGUAAGAUUUCCAAAUUUGGAAACAUUAUCCUGGAGAUAUAUUAAAUACGAUAUUUUUAGUUCCACAUUAUUCCCAAUGAUAAAGAAUAUUUAUUUAUCUGAUUCUAAUUUGAUAUACGUAGCAAAUAAUAUGACUCAUCUUUUCCCGUAUUUGAAAAAUAUUCAUUUAGAAAAUAACAUGAUUGAAGAAUUAAUUGCAGACGAUUUUAGAAAUGUAGAAUCUUUAUAUUUGGAUAAAAAUCCUCUCAAACAUCUAUGGUUUAAUAUAGAACAUACAAAUUUAAAAAUUCUCUCACUAUCGAAUUCUUUGAAUGAGAUAGAUAUUUCAAACAUGAAUAUUCCAUCAUUAAAAACGCUAGAUUUAUCACAAAAUCAGAUUGGUUCUAUACAUGAACAAAUGUUCAAAAAUAUGCCAUUUUUAGAAGAUUUAAUUUUAAGUGAAAAUGAAUUAUUAAAAUUUCCAAAUUUAUUUUAUUUAAAUAAUUUGAAAAGAUUAUCAUUGGCUUACAAUUUAAUUAGCGAGAUAGAAAAUACAAGUUGGUUGAAUUCUCUAAAAAUAUUAAAUUUACAAGGAAAUCGCAUAAGUAAUAUCGACAAAAUGGCAUUUUUAAAACUUACAGAAUUAGAAUUUUUAGAUAUAUCAAAAAACAAAUUACAGUCAUUAUCAUUAGAUUGGCAUGAUAAUUUAUCAAAAUUAAAAUAUCUCAAUUUAGAGUCAAAUUAUUUUGUAAAUAUACAAGAUAUGAAACUCAAUGCACUAAUUAAUUUACGACAACUUUACAUUAAAAAUAAUUAUAUUGUAUCUAUAGAUUCAAAUACUUUACAAAUUUUACCACAUAAAUGUACCAUAUAUGUGCUUUGAAC